AUGUCGGGGAACGGAGCUGUGUGGGGUCGCGUGCGUAGCCGCCUCCGCGCCUUCCCCGAGUGUCUAGCGGCCUGUGGGGCCGAGGCCGCGGCCUACGGCAGGUGCGUGCAGGCGUCCACGGCCCCGGGCGGCUGCUUGAAGAAGGAUCUAUGUGCGCAGGAGUUCGAGGCUUUGCGGAGCUGCUUCGCUGCUGCGGCCAAGAAGACCCUGACAGGAGGCCAUUAG